GACGGAAAAUAUACUCUUUCCAUCAAACCACCAUGGCAAGUCUGCUGUGCCUGCAAGUCACUGCUCGCUCAACGACGCGUUCGACGUCGCGUAUGCUCUCUACGCGGUUUUUCUCCUCGUCAAUGACAACGAGGGCCGACGAUGAGGCACCCAUUAAACCACCCCAACCCCCAAAGCCCAUCGACGAUUCGACGUCGGCCCUCGAUUACAAGAGGACCCAGCGUAUGAGGCCGCCUCCUCUUCCUGCCAUGGACCUACCGCGUUCAAGAACCGCAGAAGAGGCUGUUACCAACAUUCUGUACAAUACCCCUCCUCCAAGUUUGCAGCCAUUCAAAAAGCAUAUCCUUAACUGUCUAGUGCAGAAUGAACCCGGUGUCCUCUCUCGCGUCUCAGGUAUCCUGGCAGGAAGAGGCUUCAACAUCGACUCUUUGGUCGUAUGCAGCACUGAGAUACCAGACCUCAGUCGUAUGUGUAUCGUUCUCAAGGGCCAGGACGGUGUUGUCGAGCAGGCUCGCAGGCAGCUCGAGGAUCUCGUACCGGUAUGGGCAGUCCUAGAUUACACCAACACGAGUACCAUCCAACGUGAACUCGUCCUCGUCAAGGUCUCCAUUCUCGGACCUGAAUACCUUGACGAGCAGCUUGUUGGUGGUCCAUCGCAUGAUCCCAGGAAAUGCGAGGAUGGAACUGAACAUCCCUCAAAAUUAGAACAGGAAGCCGUCCUCGCCCAUAAUUUUGAACGGGGAGGACAUCCGGAACAAAUUUCUGGGGCAGCCACAAAUAUUCCUCUUACCCCAUCGCAAGCGCUCCGGCAGAAGCACCAACAUCUUCAGUCGAUUUCCACGUUGGCCUCCCAGUUCGGCGCAAAAAUCGUUGAUGUUAGCACUAACAGCGUGAUUGUCGAGCUCACAGCAAAGACGAACCGCGUCGAGGCGUUCUUGAAGCUGAUCAAACCUUUCGGUGUGCUCGAAGCAGCUCGUACUGGUUUGAUGGCCAUGCCCCGUACGCCUAUUGACAACGCAUCCGAGGAUGAGAUGGAUGAGUCAACCAGCCAUGCCGUGGAUGCAAGUCUUUUACCACCAGGUUAAAAAAGGAAUAUCUACGACGUAUCAAAGUAUGGAAUGGCUGUCGGUACACCCAGAGUCCCCCCAGAGAAUAAAAGUACGGAAAUUUAUAAAGCUAUUAGGAUGUAAUAAGACGCGGCACAAGCAUUUAUCCGGAUGAUUAAGAAA